GACUAAAUUGAACACAAAAUUUUACUGCAAUUAUUCUUGCGUAAAUUGGCGUUAAACAAUCUACAAACAAAAAGCACCCAGCCGAAGCAUAUGAGACAAAUUAAAAUUGUUUUUAAGUUAUAAGUUUUAGUGAUUCGUGAUAACUAUGAUGCCAGGAAGAAUUGGGAACUUACAGCUAGCUGCUGAAAAUCCUUUAGGACUUUCAUGGCAUGAUUCUGCUUGGAUACCUCUAUUGAAUCCUUCAAAUAUAAUGGAUUACUUCUCUGAAAGGUCAAAUCCGUUUUUCGAUCGUACAUGCAAUAACGAAGUUGUGAAAAUGCAACGUUUAAGUAUGGAUCAAUUACAGAAUAUGACUGGCUUGGAAUACAUAUUGUUACAUGUCCAAGAUCCAAUUCUCUAUGUUAUUCGUAAACAGCUACGUCACAGUUCAACACAAGCAACACCUCUUGCAGAUUACUAUAUUAUAGCUGGAAUUGUUUAUCAAGCACCAGAUUUGGCUAGUGUUUUGAACUCUAGAUUACUAUCUGCUGUACACCAUUUACAGUGUUCCUUUGAGGAAACUAUGUCAUAUUCAAGAUAUCAUCCCAGUAAAGGGUAUUGGUGGGACUUUAAAGCUUCAAAAUCAGGUCUUGGUACAUUACACACCACUCAAUCUGCACCUAAAGAAACAACAACAACUCCAAAAGAAGAACCCUCUACGUUAUUUCAGCGUCAGAGAGUAGACAUGUUAUUGGCUGAAUUGGUGCGACAAUUUCCUCUUCCGGUUACACAAACGAGCACUAGUCAGUCGAAUGGCGUGACCGUCAAAACUGAAAACUCCAAUGACAAAGGUGCAGAAAAAUCAGCUGAGGUAAACUCUGUAGGCAACAUAACUAUCAAGCAAGAACCAAUUGACACUAAUCAUCCAGAGAAUUUGAAUGGGAGCAUGCAAAACCAUAUGGAAAUCAAGACAGAAAUUAAACAAGAAAAUAUGAAGCCACCACCCGAGAAAAAACCUAGAGUAAUGUAGAAAAUAGUAACCUACUCUACCCUAAAUUACGAAUAAAUAGUUGUAAUAACAGAAACGUACCUAUGGUUAUUCAUCUUAAUUUUAGACCUUCAUUUCAGUAAAUAUAAUGUAAAUUAAACGGAACCUAU